AUGAGCACCGCCGCCUUCCACAUCGCCAGCCUCCUGGAGAAGAUGACGUCCAGCGACAAGGACUUCAGGUUCAUGGCCACCAGUGACCUGAUGUCAGAGCUGCAGAAGGACUCCAUCCAGCUGGACGAGGACAGCGAGCGCAAGGUGGUGAAGAUGCUGCUGAAGCUCCUGGAGGACAAGAAUGGGGAGGUGCAGAACCUGGCCGUCAAGUGCUUGGGUCCUCUGGUGGGCAAAGUGAAGGAGUACCAGGUGGAGACCAUCGUGGACGCUCUCUGCACCAACAUGCGGUCAGACAAGGAGCAGCUCCGUGAUAUUGCUGGCAUCGGCCUCAAGACUGUCCUGUCGGAGUUGCCCCCUGCCGCCACAGGCUCCGGCCUGGCCGCCAACGUGUGCAGGAAGAUCACCGGCCAGCUCACCAGUGCCAUCGCCCAGCAGGAGGACGUGGCCGUGCAGCUGGAAGCCCUGGACAUCCUCUCUGACAUGCUGAGCAGGCUGGGCCCCCCGCUCGGCGCCUUCCACGCCAGCCUCCUGCACUGCCUCCUGCCGCAGCUGAGCAGCCCGCGCCUGGCCGUGCGCAAGCGGGCCGUCGGGGCGCUGGGCCACCUGGCGGCCGCCUGCAGCGCCGACCUCUUCGCCGAGCUCGCCGACCACCUGCUGGACCGGCUGCCCGGUCCGCGGGCGCCUGCACCCGCCAGCCCCGCCAGCCCCGCCGCCGUCCGCACCCUGAUCCAGUGUCUGGGCAGCGUGGGCCGCCAGGCAGGCCACCGCCUGGGGGCCCACCUGGACCGCUUGGUGCCUCUGGUGGAGGAGUUCUGCAGCCUGGAUGACGAUGAGCUCCGGGAGUCCUGCCUGCAGGCCUUCGAAGCCUUCCUGAGGAAGUGCCCCAAGGAGAUGGGCCCUCACGUGCCCAGUGUAACCAGCCUGUGCCUCCAGUACAUGGAACAUGACCCCAACUAUAACUACGACAGUGACGGGGAUGAGGAGCAGAUGGAGACGGAGGAGGGUGAAUUCAGUGAGCAAGAGAGUGAGGACGAGUACAGCGACGACGACGACAUGAGCUGGAAGGUGCGCCGGGCCGCGGCCAAGUGCGUGGCAGCCCUGAUCGGCUCUCGGCCGGACCUGCUGCCCGGCUUCCACCGCACCCUGGCGCCGGCGCUCAUCCGCCGCUUCCGGGAGCGCGAGGAGAACGUCAAGGCGGAUGUCUUCGUGGCCUACAUCACGCUGCUUCGGCAGACGCGGCCCCCGAAGGGGUGGGUGGAGGAGCCCACCCAGGCGGGCAGCAGCCUCCACAUGCUGCGGGAGCAGGUGCCCCUGGUGAUCAAGGCCCUCCAACGGCAGCUGAGAGAUCGGAGUGUCAGGGUCCGCCAGGGGUGCUUCAGCCUCCUCUCCGAGCUGGCGGGCAUCCUCCCUGGCAGCCUGGCAGAGCACAUGCCUGUGCUGGUAGCAGGCAUCGUCUUCUCGCUGGCGGACCGCGCGAACUCCUCCACCAUCCGGAUGGACGCCCUGGCGUUCCUGCAGGGGCUGCUGGGCACCGAGCCCGCCGAGGCCUUCCACCCGCACCUGCCCACCCUCCUGCCCCCGGUGACGGCCUGCGUGUCCGACCCUUUCUACAAGAUCGCAGCCGAGGCCCUGCUGGUGCUGCAGGAGCUGGUGCGGGCCCUGUGGCCCCUGGGCGGGCCUCGGGGGCUGGACCCCGAGCCCUACGUUGGAGAGAUGUCUGCGGCCACCCUGGCACGGCUCCGUGCCACCGACCUGGACCAGGAGGUGAAGGAGCGGGCCAUCUCCUGCGCGGGCCACCUCGUGGGCCACCUGGGGGACCGGCUGGGGGACGACCUGCCGCCGUCGCUGUCGCUCCUCCUGGACCGCCUGCGGAAUGAGAUCACCCGGCUGCCCGCCGUCAAGGCCCUGACGCUCGUGGCUCGGUCCCCGCUGCCGCUUGACCUGCAGCCCAUCCCGGCCGAGUCGCUGCCCAUCCUGGCCUCCUUCCUGCGCAAGAACCAACGGGCGCUACGGCUGGCCGCCCUGGCCGCCCUGGACGCCCUGGCCCAGCGCCAGGGACUCAGCCUCCCUCCGCGUGCGGUCCGGGUGGUGCUGGCGGAGCUGCCUGCCCUGGUCAGCGAGAGCGACAUGCACGUGGCCCAGCUGGCCGUGGACUUCCUCACCACGGUGGCCCAGGCCCAGCCAGCCUCUCUGGCCGAGGUCAGCAGCCCGGUGCUCUCGGCGCUGCUGCAGCUGCUGCGUUCGCCCCUGUUGCCAGCGGGGGUGCUGGCAGCGGCCCAGGGCCUCCUGCAGGCUCUGGUGGGGACCCGGCCCCCGUGCGUGGACUACGCCAAGCUCAUGGGCCUGCUCACCGCGCCUGUGUACGAGCAGGCUGCGGACGGCGGGCCGGGCCUGCACAAGCAGGUGUUCCAUUCCCUGGCUCGGUGCGUGGCCGCCCUCACGGCUGCCUGUCCCCAGGAGGCAGCAGGCACGGCAAACCGCCUGGUCUGCGACGCCAGGUCACCCAAGUCCAGCACGGGGGUCAAGGUGCUGGCCUUCCUGUCGCUGGCGGAGGUGGGCCAGGUGGCCGGGCCGGGCCCCCAGCGGGAGCUCAAGGCUGUGCUCCUGGACGCCUUAGGGUCGCCCAGCGAGGACGUGAGGGCCGCAGCCUCCUACGCGCUAGGCCGUGUGGGCGCCGGGAACCUGCCCGACUUCUUGCCCUUCCUGCUGGGGCAGAUAGAGGCCGAGCCCCGGCGGCAGUACCUGCUGCUGCAGGCGCUCCGGGAGGCGCUGGGGGCCGCCCCGCCCGAGAGCCUGAAGCCCUACGCCGAGGACAUCUGGGCCCUGCUGUUCCAGCGCUGCGAGGCGGCCGAGGAGGGCGCCCGGGGGGUAGUGGCCGAGUGCAUCGGGAAGCUCGUUCUCGCCAACCCGCCCUUCCUUCUGCCCCGGCUCCGGAAGCAGCUUGCCGCAGGCCAGCCGAACACCCGGAGCACUGUCAUCACAGCGGUCAAGUUCCUCGUCUCGGACCAGCCCCAUCCCAUUGACCCCCUCCUCAAGAGCUUCAUUGGAGAGUUCAUGGAGAGCCUGCAGGACCCGGACCUGAACGUGCGCAGGGCCACUCUGACCUUCUUCAACUCCGCCGUGCACAACAAGCCCUCGUUGGUCCGGGACCUGCUGAAUGACAUCCUCCCGCUCCUUUACCGGGAGACAAAGAUCCGCCGAGACCUUAUCCGAGAGGUAGAGAUGGGACCCUUUAAGCACACCGUGGACGACGGGCUGGAUGUGCGGAAGGUGGCCUUCGAGUGCAUGUACUCGCUGCUGGAGAGCUGCCUGGGCCAGCUGGCCAUCUGCGAGUUCCUGAACCACGUGGAGGACGGCCUGAAGGACCACUACGACAUCCGGAUGCUGACCUUCAUCAUGCUCGCACGACUGGCUACCCUGUGUCCUGUGCCUGUCCUGCAGAGGGUGGACCGGCUCAUUGAGCCACUCAGGGCCACCUGUAUUGCCAAAGUCAAAGCUGGUUCUGUGAAGCAGGAGUUUGAGAAGCAAGAUGAACUGAAGCGCUCUGCCAUGAGGGCAGUGGCCGCCUUGCUGACCAUCCCAGAAGUGGGGAAAAGCCCCAUCAUGGCUGACUUCUCUUCCCAAAUCAGAUCCAACCCUGAACUUGCCACCCUCUUUGAGAGCAUCCAGAAGGAUUCUGUUUCAGCCCCCAACACAGACUCAAUGGAUCUCGGCUAG